AUGGUUCUGGUGGCACAGGAACUGCCUCUCAUGUGCCUGAUGCUGCUCCAGCUCUGCAGAGAGCCGGGUGUGAGUGCCCAGGCGGGUCAGGGCUUCACUCUGCAGCAGCCCCAGCCCAAGGUGACGGUGACAGCGGGGGAGACGCUCACCCUGAACUGCACCACGUCUGGAGUUGCUGGACCAGGUCCUAUGAUGUGGCUGAAGGGCUGGGGCAGUGGGAACAAGACUGUCUAUGACCAGAGUAAUGAGGAUCCCUCCUCCCGUGUGACGAUGGCAGCGCCUGUGUCUGACACAGAUUUCACCAUCCGCAUCAGGAACGUUCAGCCUGAUGAUGUUGGCACCUAUUACUGUGUGAAGUUUGUCAAGGGGAGCACUGGUGUUGAUGAGGUGUUUAGGCAUGGCAGUGGCACCGAGGUGUCUGUGCAAGCCAAACCCAGCCCCCCGCUCGUGUCUGGGCCUGAGCAGAGAGCAAGGCCGGAGGAGUCGGUGCCUUUCACCUGCACGACUGGAGGGUUCCUUCCUGAUAAGAUUGAGGUGAAAUGGUUCAAGAACAACAACCCCAUGGGGGUUCAGCCACCCCAGGUCACUGAGUGGAAGAUGAAAACCUACAACAUGUCCAGCACAGUGAAGGUGACCCUGCAGAGGGACGAUGCCCACUCGCAGCUCACCUGUGAGGUGGUGCACUCCACGCUGCCGGCCCCGCUGCGAGGGAGCUUCCAGCUCAGCAGUGUCCUGCGAGUUCCCCCCAGCGUUGAAGUGCGCGCUGAGCCGAGCCCCGUUGAGGUGAACAAGACCGUGGCCUUCAUCUGCCUCGUGAAGGAGUUUUACCCAGCUCAAGUGUCUGUUUCCUGGCUGGAGAAUGGAAUUGAGAUAAAGGGGCAGAACCUCUCACAGCCACUGGAGCUGCCCCAGGGCUUGUUUGAGCUGAGAAGCCGGGUGGAGGUGCAAGCAACGGAGGAGAAAAAUGGGGCCACGAUCACCUGCACGGUGGUGCAUGAUGCCCAGGCCCCUGCCAACUAUUCAACCGUCCUGUGGAUCUCUGACCCGGCCCAGGGUGGGUUCCAGAUGGAUAAAGGUGCGAACUUUCUGUCCAGCCUUCUCCUCCUGUGGAUGGGUGUCCUGCUGGAGAAGGGGAUCAUCGGGGGGCUCCUCUUCUUCCUCUUCAAGCGCAUGAAGAGAAAAGCAUCGCAGAUGUUGCCCUACCCUGCUCCACCUCAGUCCCCGGCUCCUGCAGCUGGGUCCCAGGGCUUGGCCACUGCCAGCAGUGAUUUGUGA